AUGACCCCGCCCGGGGUCACCGGGGCUCCCCGCCAGCCGCCACCGCGGCCCGGGGCUGGCCGGGGGCACCAAGUGCGUCAGACCUCCGGCUGCCCCCCCCGUCCGUCCCCAAAAAUCCGCCGCGUGGUCCCGGUUCCUGCGGCCGCCGCCAAGUCCUGGCCAUAUGUCCCAGGCCGGGAGCAGCUGGCGGUGCCCGCGGGAGCCCCCGGCCCCCGCUGCCCACCCGCCGGCGAGGGGCGGGCCGGGGGCGGCACCGCCGCUGCCCUCCGAGGACAAAGCCGUCGCACCGGGUUCUCCCUGCGCCUCCCCCACGCGCUCGGCUCAGCCAAAGGACAAAGCCGCUCCGCCUGGCUGCCCCCGCCGGGCCACCGCCGACCUCCGCUCGGGGCCACCCGCGGGGGACACAGCCGUGCCCGCCGCCCCUGGCACCUCCACAAAGCCCUCGGCGACGGGGGGGUCUCCCAAAACCAGCCCACGCCCUUGUGGAGCCCUGUGUCCCCGCUGCAGGGCGGGGGUCCCCACCCUGAGGAGGGAGUCCCCCCCAGCGCAGGGUCCCCAGCGGCGGACCAAGGUCACCGGGAAGGUCGCGAGGGGCAGGAAGGCCCCCAUGUGUCCCCACGGUCCCCGCCUCAAAGGCUGCGCCCCGCACGUCGAAGCCGCAAGGGCCACGCGGUGCCCGAACCCGCCCGGAGCCCCCGGUUCCCCCCGGGCUCGGCUGCGGCCCCGGGGCCCGCCGGCUCUGGUGGCUGCGGGACGUGCCACCCCGGUGUCACAGCUGUGCUUGUGGCGCUGGACAGGACAUCCCCGCUGUCCCCACCCUCGUCACCACCCAGGCAGGACAUCCCCGCUGUCCCCGCACCCUACACCGGGGAACGCCACGCUCGGGGUCCCCGCCGCUACCACCCCCGGAGUGUCCCCCCCGCCGCUGCCACCCCUGGGGUGUUCCCCCGCCGCUGCCACCCCCGCGCCGGCUCACUUGCCACGGCCCCGUGCUACGGGGAGCGUCGGGGGGCCCCGGAGGGCGGCGGGCGCUGUCGGCUCUCAGCUCGGAGGAGCAACACUGGCGACAGCGGCAGCGUGCGGAGGGGGGGGGUGUCGAGGGCUUCCCCGCCCCACGCCCCCGCGUCCCCCCCGGCAGGGCAAGCGUCCUCAUUGUCACCGCCGGGGGCUCCUCCCGCGUCCCCCCUGCCCCAACUCCCCCCCACCGCCGCCGCACCGGAGGGGGCUGAGCAGGCCUCGGACACCCCGGAGCCUGGGAACACCGGGGAACCCCCGGGGAACCCCUCCGUGGUGCCCCCUCCCCUUGCCAACCCUCCCGGGCACCCCCCCGCCUCUGCGCCGGGGGCUUCCCGCGAGCGGGGGGAUCCUCCCGAGCCAGGGGAUUCCCGGGAUUCCCGCAAGCCACAGGCUUCCCCAGCACCGGUAGCCGCCCCUGGAGCGGAGGGGCGGUGGGGGUCCCCACCCUCGCGGACCCCCCACAAAUUCACCCACCUGCCGCCAACCCCCGGCCUCCGCUGCCCUCGGGCACUGCCGCCGCUGACCAUGGCCCGGUGGCGGCGACACGUGCGGCGCCGAGCCCGGGAUCCCAGCGGGUCCCGGUGGCACAACCAGGGGCCGGGGGCGAGCCUGGACAGCGGCUCCGCGGUGCCGCCGAGCCCCUCCCUGCCGCGCCGUGCCUCGGUUUCCCCAGCGCGCAGGCGGCGGCCGCGGGGGCUGCGGGCGGCGAUGCGGCGCCGUUACGAUGCCGCUCCACACGCGCAGCCGCGCGCACCCGCCCCGCCGCCUCUCGGGGCUUCCCGGGGCUUCCCGGGGCCUCCCGGUUCUUCCCGGAGGCUCCGGGCCGCCGCUGCGGAUAAAUCCCGCCGCCUAACGGGGUCCCCUCCCCGCGCUCCGCCGCAGCCGCGGGGCCGGGGGCGAUCGCCCACCCGCGGCUCCCCCCCCACACCGGUGACAUCGGGGCGGCCCCCAGGAGCCGCUUUGCCGGGGGAUGGCGCGGGUGGGAUACCGGGACUGCGGGAUACCGCACUGCGGGAUUCCCCCAAAUCCCACGGGAAAUAG